CUCACGCACGGUUAGCUUGUGUUUUGGCGUGUGUAAUAUGAACGAUGGUCGAUACGGCUUUAGAAAAAAAAAACAAAAAAAACUUUGCUGUUUGCCAAACACUUUCCAUUUACCAGAAAAGCCCAAAAAGAAGUGAUAAUCCUAUUUCUUAGAAGAAACGAAAAAAAAAAAACAGAAAUAGAGUUUGAGAACCCUAUUGUAAGUCUGUAAAAGAUAAUCCCGUGAAAAAGGGAAGCGAGAAAAAACACAAAGGAGAGGGGCACAUUUCUUGCUCAAGACUCAAGUGUGGUUGGUUCAAACUUGCGCCAUGGCUAUGAUGAGAUGCUGCCCAAAUCCAUACCCUUCAGCGACCCGCAAGAUUACUCAACUGUACAACAAUCUCAACCUCUUCCGCUCCACUCCGCCGCCGUUAUCGUCCACAAAGUUACGCUCUGUCUCAGUACUAUCAUCAAUCUCGACGCAUUCCGUUGCUCACGACGAUCUUCAAGCUCCCUCUUCCAAGCACAAUGCCUCCCCCUUUUCAGGUUUGGAUGAGAUGAUGACGGGAUUCAUAUUCGGGAAGAAAAAGGCAACUGAGGUUGCUCACGCGGUGUGGAAGAAUGUUGUCCGGAAAGGGGAUAUGGUGAUUGAUGCCACUUGUGGCAAUGGUUACGACACAUUGGCUAUGUUGAGAUUAGUUGCUGAUGAUGAAGGCAGAGGCCGUGUUUUUGCAAUGGACCUUCAGAAAUCUGCUUUAGAAAGCACUUCAUCUUUGCUGGAUCGAUCACUCACUCCUCAUCAGAGAGGACUCGUUGAACUUUAUGCUAUGUGCCACACUAAAAUGGAAGAUCUUGUUCCCAGUGGUGCUGCUGUGAGGUUAGUUGCGUUCAAUUUGGGGUACCUACCGGGAGGCGACAAAAAGAUCAAAACGGAGUCAGAAACAACACUAGUUGCAUUAGAGGCUGCCAAGAGAAUCCUUGCGCGCGGAGGUCUCAUCAGUAUACUGGCCUAUGUUGGCCAUUUUGGUGGAAGGGAGGAGUUUGAGAAGGUGCGGUCCUUUGCAGCUGAGUUAGAUGUUGAUAAUUGGGUGUGCUGCACACUCCAAAUGUUAAACAGGCCAUCAGCUCCUGUACUUGUUCUAUUAUCUAAGAAAUGACUCACACUGCACAUUUCUCUACCAUAAUCACAGACAUAUCAAAUUUUCUCUUUA